AAAAAAAAUCUCAAUUUUGUCGCUGCUUCUUGUUUUCCAACCGCAUCCACCUUUCCACAGAUCCGCCCUACCUUCCUCCAUGGCCGCCGUCCGCCGCCUCUCCGCCGUGCCGAUCCGGCGCUGCCACCCCCUCUUCCUCCUCCGCUCCUUCUCGUCCGCAGGUAGCGAGCCGACGAUCACCGUCGAGACCAGCGUCCCCUUCACGGGCCACAAGAUCGACCCGCCUUCUCGCUCCGUCGAGACCACCCCCUCCGAGCUCCUCUCCUUCUUCCGGGAGAUGUCCCUGAUGCGCCGCAUGGAGAUCGCGGCCGAUUCGCUAUACAAGUCCAAACUCAUCCGCGGGUUCUGCCACCUCUACGACGGGCAGGAGGCCGUCGCCAUCGGCCUUGAGACCUCCAUCACCAAGAAGGACGCCAUCAUCACUGCUUACCGUGAUCACUGUAUCUACCUCGCCCGCGGCGGGACCCUCGUCGAGGCCUUUUCGGAGCUCAUGGGCCGCCGCGCCGGGUGCUCCAAGGGAAAAGGAGGAUCGAUGCACUUCUAUAAGAAGGAUUCCGGGUUCUUCGGCGGGCAUGGGAUCGUGGGUGCCCAGGUGCCGCUCGGAUGCGGCCUCGCCUUCGCCCAGAAGUACUUGAAGGAGGGAACUGUGACCUUUUCGUUGUACGGUGAUGGGGCUGCCAACCAAGGGCAGCUCUUUGAAGCCCUUAACAUAUCGGCGCUUUGGGAUUUGCCUGCCAUCUUGGUCUGCGAGAACAAUCAUUAUGGCAUGGGGACGGCUGAGUGGCGUGCUGCAAAAAGCCCUGCGUACUAUAAACGAGGUGAUUAUGUCCCUGGUCUGAAGGUUGAUGGAAUGGAUGUUCUGGCUGUCAAGCAAGCUGCCAAAUUUGCAAAGGAGUAUGCUCUGAAAAAUGGACCUAUGAUUCUUGAGAUGGACACAUACAGAUACCAUGGACAUUCAAUGUCUGAUCCAGGAAGCACUUAUCGCACACGUGAUGAGAUUUCCGGUGUCCGACAGGAGCGUGAUCCCAUCGAAAGAGUUAGGAAGCUGAUAUUCUCCCACGAGCUAGCCACAGCCUCCGAGCUCAAGGACAUUGAGAAAGAAGUCAGGAAGGAAGUAGAUGAUGCCAUUGCUGAAGCAAAGGAGAGUCCUAUGCCUGAUCCCUCCGAGCUAUUUACCAAUGUGUUCGUGAAAGGUUUCGGUGUGGAGUCAUUCGGUGCAGAUAGGAAGGAGGUGAAAGCUAUUCUUCCAUGAAGAGACAGACCACCAAGUGAAUCCUUGAGUACAAUUUUUUCUCUCUCACGAAACCUUCAACAAAUAAGUAUGGAAAUGAAAAUUUUCUGGGUAUUUUUUUGGCGUUUUGAUUCAGUAUGAUACAGGUAUAGAUUGGCUUAACUUAUUAAGUCAGGUUCUUCCAAGUCUUCUCCUGAACAUUUAAGGGGCUUCUGAACUGUCAAAGCUGCAAAAUUUAUUUGCAGUUACUCUCGGUUUGUUUUGCUGGAAUAUAAUCUCUAAGUAUUCUUUUUUUUUUAGAAAAAAAAAGAUAUUAUUUUAUAUUUUUUGAAUAUUCAGUCUAUCUUUUGGUGCU